AUGGAAAGAAUUUCAAGUUUUGGUUUCAUUUUGACCAUUCUCUAUUUAAUAACAACAAAACUUGCUUGCAAUGGCCAUACCAAUAUUGAUGGCAGUCUACAAUCUGAACAAGAGGCUCUUAUCGACUUCAAAAAUGGUCUCAAAGAUCCCAACAAUCGGCUUUCAUCGUGGAAAGGAACCAAUUAUUGCUAUUGGCAAGGAAUUAGUUGUGAAAAUGACACAAGAUUUGUCAUUUCAAUUGAUCUUCAUAACCCUUAUUUGGAUAAGGAUGCAUCUGAGAAUUGGAGCUCUAUGAGCUUGAGUGGAGAAAUUAGACCUUCAUUGAUAAAACUCAAAUCCUUGAAAUAUCUAGAUUUGAGUUUCAACUCAUAUAAUGCCAUACCUAUUCCUCGGUUUUUUGGGUCUUUGAAGAAUCUACUAUAUCUAAACUUAUCUAAUGCUGGGUUUAGUGGAGUGAUUCCUUCAAAUUUAGGGAAUCUUUCUAGCUUACAACAUCUAGAUCUUUCUUCUAGAUAUUCUAAUGAUCUAUAUGUUGACAAUAUUGAAUGGAUGGCUAGUCUUGUUUCUUUGAAGUAUCUUGAUAUGGAUUCUGUUGACCUUGCAUUGGUAGGAAGUCAAUGGGUUGAAGUACUAAACAAGCUCCCAGCUUUAACUGAGUUGCAUCUAGAUAGGUGUAACCUCAUUGGAUCAAUUCCAUCUCCAAGCUUUGUUAAUUUUACUUCACUACUUCUUAUAAGUAUAAGCUCUAACCAAUUCAAUUUUGUGUUUCCUGAAUGGCUUCUAAAUGUUAGCAACCUUGAAUCCAUUGAUAUAAGCUACAAUCAAUUACAUGGGAGGAUUCCACUUGGUCUUGGUGAGAUACCUAAGUUGCAGUACUUAGAUCUAUCUAUGAAUCUCAAUCUCAGAAGUAGUAUCUCUCAACUAUUGAGGAAGAGUUGGAAAAAGAUAGAAGUUCUAAAUUUGGGUUAUAAUAAAUUACAUGGUUCAAUUCCAAGCUCCAUUGGAAACUUUUGCAACUUAAAAUAUCUGGAUUUGAGUCUUAAUAACUUGAAAGGAAGUUUACCUGAGAUUAUCAAAGGAAUUGAAACCUGCAAUUCUAAAAGUCCUCUGCCUAAUUUGAGGGAGUUAUACUUGGACGAGAGUCAAUUGAUGGGAAAAUUGCCAAACUGGUUGGGUGAGCUUCAAGAACUUAGGGAACUUCAUUUAUCUGACAACAAAUUUGAAGGUUCCAUCCCUACUUCUUUAGGGACAUUGCAACAAUUGGAGUAUAUGAAUCUUGAAGGAAAUGAGCUGAAUGGAAGUCUCCCAUAUAGUAUUGGACAACUUUCUCAAUUACAUUUCUUGGAUGUUUCUUCCAAUCAACUGAGUGGAACUCUCUCUGAACAACAUUUUUGGAAGCUAAGUAAGUUAGAGGAACUAAAUCUGAACUUCAAUACUUUCAGUUUGAAUGUUAGUUCCAAUUGGGUUCCUCCCUUCCAAGUGAGAGCUCUUUCUAUGGGUUCAUGCCACUUAGGUCCUUCAUUUCCAGCUUGGCUUCAAUCUCAAAAGAACCUCCAGUAUCUUCGUUUCUCAAAUGCUAGCAUUUCAAGUUCUAUUCCAAAUUGGUUUUGGAAUAUUUCUUUUAAUCUGUUGUACGUUAGUCUAUAUUUCAAUCAGUUACAAGGUCAGUUACCAAAUUCAUUAAAUUUUUCUUUUGGCAAUCUAGCAUAUAUUGAUUUUAGUUACAACCUCUUUGAGGGACCUAUUCCUUUUUCAAUCAAAGGGGUCUAUUUUCUAGAUCUCUCCCAUAAUAAAUUUUCUGGAGUCAUCCCAUCAAACAUAGGUGAAUCCCUACCCAAAUUGGUUUUCCUUUCUCUUUCGAGUAAUCAAAUAACAGGGACCAUCCCAGAUUCCAUAGGACACAUCACCUCUCUGCAAGUCAUUGAUCUUUCAAGGAAUAAUUUGUCUGGAAGCAUUCCUUCUACCAUAAAUAAUUGCUCUCGCCUAAUUGUUAUAGACCUUGGAAAGAACAAUUUGUCUGGGAUAGCACCAAAGUCGUUGGGUCAGUUACAAUUGCUUCAAUCACUACAUCUGAACCACAAUAAGCUUUCAGGAGAGCUUCCCUCAUCUUUCCAAAAUUUAACAAGUUUGGAAGUCCUUGAUCUCAGUUACAAUAAAUUAUCGGGCCAAGUUCCUGCAUGGAUUGGAGUUGCUUUCGGAAAUCUUGUAAUACUCAGUUUGAGGUCAAAUGUGUUUUCUGGAAGACUUCCCUCUCAGCUUUCAAAUUUAAGCUCCUUGCAUGUUUUAGACAUUGCGCAAAAUAGUUUGAUGGGUGAAAUUCCAGUCACUUUGGUUGAGCUUAAAGCAAUGGCUCAGGAGUAUAACAUGAAUAUAUAUCCAUUGUAUGUCGAUGGGACCAGCUCCUUGCAUGAAGAACGGUUGGUUGUGAUUGCAAAAGGCCAAAGUCUUGAAUACACUAGGACUCUUUCUCUUGUGGUAGGCAUAGACCUAUCUGACAAUAAUUUAAGUGGAGAGUUUCCCCAAGGAAUAACAAAAUUAUCCGGUUUGGUGGUUCUGAACUUGUCUAGGAAUCUCAUCACUGGUCAAAUUCCAGAAAACAUUUCAAUGUUACGUCAACUGUCAUCUCUUGAUCUAUCAAGUAAUAAGCUUUUCGGCACCAUUCCUUCAAGCAUGUCCUUAUUAUCAUUCUUGGGUUGUUUGAAUCUAUCAAAUAACAAUUUCUCUGGUAAGAUCCCUUUUAUAGGGCAUAUGACAACUUUCACUGAGUUGACCUUUGUUGGAAAUCCUGAUCUUUGUGGAACUCCACUAGUCAUAAAAUGCCAAGAUAAAAAGCAAAGUGUUGUUGAGGACAAAAAUGAUGGUGGCUAUAUUGAUCAAUGGUUUUACUUGAGCGUUGGCUUGGGAUUUGCGGUGGGUAUUUUAGUUCCAUUCUUUGUUUUGGCAAUAAGGAAAUCUUGGUGUGAUACCUACUUUGAUUUUGUGGAAAAAAUUGUUAAAUGGUUGUUGAGAGGAAGAGCAACCUAUGCCAAAAACCACCCACGAAGGCGAUAA